AUGGCUACCUUCAGGUCCGCCGCGUCCAAGGCCGUCCACCUCAAGGUUUACCCGCGCCCGGCCACGCUCAGCGAGAGCCGCGAGCUCCUCCACGUCCUCCAGCAGUUCGGCGAAGUGACCAUGUUUAAAAGCCUUCGGUUUGACUACCUCCAACCCGCCCAGAAUUCCUGUCUCGCCAUUUACCGAGACUCCACCUCCGCUGCCAGCCUGCUCAAAGCGUCGCCGUUGCGUUUCACGCUCGAACCCGUUGGUGGCGACCACGUUGGCGAGCCUCACGAGCAAACUUCUCAGUCGGCCCGGGAGGAUGCAACGGCGCCGGCGCUAGGUGCCGACCUGGAUCUAGACGUGGUGGACGUCAUGGACGACGCCGAGUUCACCAUCAAAGACGGCCCUAGCAAGCCCGGCGCUGAGGAAAUGAUCCGCCCAAGCACGCUUUUGAACCAGACGAUCAAUGCUUUCCUCAAGCGUCACGAAGCCGCCCAGUCGGCCCAACACGACACAGCCUCGAGCGAUGUUUCGGACGGUGCCCGAUCCGAGACCAGCUCCGCGAGCCCGGACACCGAAGUGGUCAACCAAACCGAACCCGACUAUGCCGCCGAGCAGCAGCCAGGCCCGGAUUCCGCGCCCAAGCACGUCCCUGAGCCGCAGCGUACACGCGUGUUCCACGUGGUGGCGGACACAUCGGAAAUGAAUCAUCGAGACUACAUCGAGCGCACCUUCUGGUACGGUCCUUAUAAUCCGCGGGCGCGGACCAACUCGUUUAUGGACCUAACUACGAGAGGUGUGCCGUCAGCCAUUGCCGACAUAAAGGCGAGGAAGCCGGAGCGGCCGAUGAGGCAAGUCGAGAGACUGCGUGAGAAGGCCUCUCGUAGGCCCACACUCAGACAGAUCUGGCAGCAGGGACAACAGCAACGUGCACACGAGUUGGGCUCGUCAAAAGGACCUGCAGUUGACGAAGCGAGGUGA